CGGUGAGCCGUUGGGUAGACAAGGUGUUGCCCUAUUUUCUCCCAUCACGGCUCUCUCUCUCUCUCUAGAAAGCACGAUCCAAAAGGCAGGGAAAGGGUAGAGGGCAAGGAUUGGGAGAAAGAAUCGCUAGGGCGUCUCGCUUCCUUGGCGUUGAAGGAGGAAGAUUUCUGUGAUCCAGAUCUAGCAACAUGUCUCCUGUGGAAUCCUCGCGCGAGGACAAUGUAUACUUGGCGAAACUGGCAGAGCAGGCAGAGCGGUACGAGGAGAUGGUGGAAUACAUGGAAAAGGUGGUGAAGACAAUCAACACGGAGGAGCUUACUGUGGAGGAGCGCAACCUCCUCUCAGUAGCCUAUAAGAACGUGAUUGGGGCUAGACGUGCAUCCUGGCGCAUCAUCUCUUCAAUUGAACAGAAAGAGGAGGGUCGUGGUAACGAGAAUCAUGUGACACUGAUCAAGGAGUACCGCAGCAAGGUGGAGGCUGAGCUCGGCAAGAUCUGCGAUGGCAUCCUGAAGCUGCUUGAUUCCCACCUGGUCCCCUCUGCCAGUACUGCUGAAUCCAAAGUGUUUUACCUCAAGAUGAAGGGUGAUUACCACAGGUCGGUCAGUCCAAGAUAUUUUGGCAUAGAAAAGGAUAGGUACCUCGCAGAGUUCAAGACUAGUGCCGAGAGGAAGGAAGCUGCUGAGAGCACUCUGUUAGCUUACAAAUCUGCACAGGAUAUUGCUUUAGCUGAUCUUGCUCCAACUCAUCCUAUAAGGCUUGGGCUGGCACUUAACUUCUCUGUGUUCUACUAUGAGAUUCUUAAUUCACCAGAUCGUGCUUGCAGCCUCGCCAAGCAGGCAUUUGACGAGGCUAUCUCGGAACUGGAUACAUUGGGCGAAGAAUCGUACAAGGACAGUACCUUGAUCAUGCAACUUAUACGAGACAACUUGACACUGUGGACCUCUGACAUUACGGAGGAUGGAGCUGAUGAGAUCAAGGAAGCCUCAAAGAAAGAAUCUGGAGAGGGACAGUGAUCUCAACUUAGUUCGUAGUUUACGCGGAUAUAAAAAUCCAUUGUUUCAAGUAGGCGUAGUUACUAUCUAGUAAGUUUCAUCUGCGUGUGGACAUACCUAGACAACUAGUAUUGCCUAAAGAUCGAAUUCACAUUUGUCGUAAGUUUUCCCCAUUGCCGUACCACCCCGCUUGUGAUGGAAAACUCAGUGUCUCAUUCUGAUUUAAGGUGGAUGUGGAUUGGGUAAAUCAUGUUCUUGAAAUGGUUCACAAGAAGGAAUAGAAUUGCAUUACGAGUUGAAUUGCUA